CGUUGCCGCGACCGACCGCGGAUACUCACACCGCGCGUUCACGAUAAAACAUUUGAAAAAAUAUCGUGUCUCCAAUCUGUAUACGCAAAUAUACAAAUAAAAAUAAUCUCACUGUUUGUUCUGAUAUAAAGUGUUUGUUAACAAAUACUGAUUGAGAAACACACGAUAUGAGAAAGCCGUUGAAUAGAAUUACAAGAAGAUUUGUUGGGAAUAGAAACGGCACGUGUCGCGCGAGUGAUGAAUGAGUGCUUUAGCCGUCACAAUGCUCGCGGAGAAUGACACUCACAGUUACGCGGGCUCAAACAGUUCCUUUAACUUUUUCUUCGAAGAUCCACGGUUUAUAUCCAUUCUGAAACAUCGAGGGCAGAACCACACGAACAAUAUCGGCGAUGUUAUUAAAGUUCUCGAAGACUGGCGGAGUAGAUACAACAUUUCUGUUGUAAAGGAAUGUGAGAAGUCGGAAUAUUGCUCCGGGGAAUUUCGAGAUCUGAUUCUCGCAUACAAUAGCAUCCAUGGAUACGUUAGUUUGUUGGUCUGUCUCUUCGGUAGUUUAGCUAAUGCACUGAACGUAGCGGUAUUGACUCGACGGGACCUUGCUGUGACCCCCAUCAACAGGCUGCUGAAGUGGCUGGCGGUGGCUGAUGUCUUCGUCAUGUUGGAGUACGUGCCCUUCGCCAUCUACAGGUACCUGUUAUUCCCAGACCAAGAGGAGCGUCCGUACUCCUGGGCAGUGUACAUGCUGUUCCACAGCCACUUCACACAGAUCCUGCACACCGCGUCCAUAUUGCUCACGUUGUCACUAGCCGUCUGGAGAUAUAUAGCUAUCAAAUACCCAACAUACAGUCCGUCGCUAUGCACGGACCGGAGAUGUACGCUCGCCAUCCUGCUCAGCUUCAUACUGCCGCCUAUACUCUGCAUACCUUCGUAUUUUGUAUUCACAAUACACAAAGACUUCGCUUUCGACAAAAGCGGAAACAUGCUGACCAAAGUAUACUUCGUGGAUUCAAACUACAAUGGGAGCCUGUACCAAAUAAACUUUUGGGUGCACGCCGUACUUAUAAAGUUGCUACCAUGCGUCAUUUUAACUGUGAUCAGCGCCUGGUUGAUAAGAGCGCUAUACAGAGCUAAUAGUAGGAAAAAAGCGCUCAAAGGCUACAGUGCUUGUCCAGCCACCACGGUUGUCAAUGGCAACGGGAAUGUCUUCACCAGAAAGUCCACUAAACGGUCUAAAGCUGAGAGAAGAACUGACAGAACUACGAAGAUGCUGGUUGCAGUGUUACUGCUGUUCUUGCUGACGGAGUUUCCUCAAGGAAUAUUAGGUCUUCUAAGCGGAGUUUUAGGAAGAUGCUUCUUCAAGCAGUGCUACGAUCUCUUCGGAGAGCUGAUGGAUGCACUGGCACUCCUGAAUGGAGCUAUAAACUUCGUGCUUUACUGCUCCAUGUCAAGGCAGUUUCGAACAACGUUCGGACAGAUGAUCCGAAAUCGAUGUGCACCCACACAGAGAGCGAAUUCACAUACGGAAUUACAGACUACAUAUGUUUAAGUGUGUGUGAAAAUAAGUGGAGUUUUGUUAUUCAACAUUUAACUUUAUUGUUUUGUGAUAAAGUCGAUAAUGGAAAUGACAGUUUCGGGUGUUUGUGCGGCGAUUAGUUUCAUUAAGGUGUAUAAAGAGAGAAGAUUUGAAUAAGUGUUUGAUAAAAACUUUGUGGAACUGUGAACAUUUUGUUAGUUAAAGUGUUUGAUAGAUUUUAGAGUGCAGACAUGUUGAUUGGUGUUAAUCUAUUUAAAGAGUCCAUGGAAGUCAGACCUUGGAUUAAAUAGUGUUUGAAGAUAAAAUGGAUGUCGAAGCUGCUCAAGGCCUAAGUUUAUCAGAAGAUUUGAAUGGUAAAACCUGUCUAUAAGUAUGAUAAGUACUAUCAGCACCCUUAGUAUGAGUUUGCUCUACGUUUAACGCGUUCGGCGCUCUGAUUGGCCUGCUCAAAUGAAUCAACCAAUCAGAACGCUGAACGCGUUCUCGUUUACGUAAAGCUAACUUGUAUUAAGGGUACUGAGGAUGUAGCUUAAGUAACUUCAUAGGGAACGUCAUGGGAUUUAAAGAGUUAAUUCCAUUUGAGUAAAAUUAAACUUUAAAAAUAUCCUACUAAAGUUUAAAACUUGUUGAGUUGUUUAAUCGAACGCUUUAUAUAGAUUACUAGCUUCUGCCAGUGACGUCAUUCACAUAAAUAGGUGCUUCCCAUUUUUCCAAUUUCCGUGAGAAUUAAGGAGAAAUAGUGUGCCUCUUCUCUCUCCUAUACUCUUUAAGGAAUAUACAUGCCAACUUUCAGCUCCUAAGUCUAGUAAUGUUGACUGUGCGUUGUCUGUCAGUCAGCCAAUCAUUCUCUUAGUAACAGAAAACUUUUAUAUAAGUAUACAUUACAGAUUAUGCUAAAACUGUUGGAAAAACAAAAUUACACUUACAUAUUUUUGGAGCCCAAAAGCCGCUUGUGUUUAACGGAAAUUGCAAUUUGUUAAAGGUUAUGAGAGUCAGAGUGCGGAAAUUGUAUUCUCUCUUGUUUUUGUACAUAGUUACUAGUUAUAAAUAAAGCUUGAAUAUGUUGAAUAUAACAAAACAGUAAUUUAAUUAGACAAACGAUAUUUCUAGAGAUUUGGAAUGCAUAAUGGUGGCGAACAAAUGCAAUCGAAGAAUAUUGACACAAAAAUAUUGAAAAAGAAAAUACUGGUAUGAACGUUUUGGAAAAACACCACCCUACACACUCGGGAUUAUAGGAUUAUGCCUAAUGCGACUGUGAGGCUUACAUCAAAGUCGUAAAUAAAAUACAAAUUCGUGAGCAAUCCUUACCGUUGUUACCCAAGUGACCUCUAAUUUUUAUUUUUAUUUUAAACUAUCUAUUUAGUUGACAUAUUUAGAAGAACCUAACCUUAGCCUAAAAGUCUGAAAAAUAAAUAAUUACGAAUAUUUUCCAAUAUACCAAUGUCUAAAAUUGGGUGAAACAGCGAUAUCGAUUGUGAUCAUAGACUGACCACGACAAAGAUAAAUGGAACCGUAAAUAUUCAAGACAAUGAUUGAAACUUUAUACAGACUUCAAAAUGGCCGUCUUUAACUCGUUUAAACAUUGGUCCUUUGCCUCCAAAAACAAUAUUUUCUCUCAAUUCUGAGCCGUUUCAUGUAAUAUUCAAAUUUAGAACAGAAAAGGUCUCAAGAUCAUUCUGCCUUUUAUUUAUUUUUGUGAUCGCCUUUUAUUUUUUAGACUAGGUCCAAACCUUUUUUGACAAAAAUAAAUAUCUGUUACGAUAAACUUUUUUAUGAAGUGUU